CAAUCAGAGACGUCCAUUUGCGGAGUGGAAUUGAAACAGCCUCGUGUCGCGUUUUCGAUGCGACAAUGCGACAUUGAGCACUACUGCUGGAAGGACCAUGUCUUUCGAUUGUAGUACAGUCACCGCAAUGUCAAAGCACCGGUAGUCAGUGCAAAUAAUCCCUAGGCUCACGUAUCUCUUCGUCAUGGCCAAGAGGAAGCAGCCAGAAGCGACCCCUGAGGUGGCAGAGACCCCCUCCAAGCGCCGAAGAAAGACGACCGACAAGGCUCUCACGAACGGCACACAUGACGUCGAGGAUGAUUCGAUACCGAAGCUGAGCGGAACACCGAAGAAAGACGAGACACCUUCGAAGAGAAAGAGAAAGUCCGCAGCUGGAUCGCUGCUCGAUGAAGAGGACAAUGAAGGGGGCAGUCCUACCCCUAAAGCCAAUGGGCGAACACUUUUUUCUACACCCCAGAAGUCCAAGACCAUCAAGACCACACCCUCGAAAUCUACCAAGGCAAAGGCGGAUCGAUCAGCAAAGCGCAAAAGCGCACGAGCUCUCGAGGAUGCAGCAGACCGAGAAGGCGAUGAAGAGGAAUGGGAUGGACAAGCUGCGCUGGCGCAGGAGAUCCUAGAAGACGAAGACGAAGCAGAACCUCUGGUGGAUGAGCCUGCAGAACAGGAAGAAGGAGAUGCUACGACACCGAGCAAAACACCAGGCAAACGUGGACGACCCAAGGGUGCAAAGAACAAACGUUCACCCACUCCUGAAGGCGACAUCCCUCCUGAAGAGCGGUAUUUCUUCCAAAACCGCGCCGGUCCUCCACAGGUAUCCAGCAACAAGUUUACCUCCGUCAAGCUCCUUGGGCAUGACGAAUACUUUGAGCAGAUUCAGUCCUACAAAGAUCACCAUGAACCAGACAUGGCACAGCUCAUGAAACUCCACGCCCGAUCCUUCCCGCAAUGGAAGUUCGAACUCGCCGAAGAUUUCGGCCUCUGUCUCUACGGCUACGGAAGCAAGAGACAACUCGUCACCAAGUUCGCGGAAUGGCUGCACAAAAACUCAAGUACAAAACCUCCGCGCAUCGUCAUUGUUAACGGAUACACCCCGAGGCUAAACAUCCGCGGCAUAAUCAACACCAUCGCCGCCGCCAUAUUCGACAACGAAGACGAGCAACCCCCCAGACUCACCGGCCCACCACACGAAAUGCUCGACACACUUCUCCCACAAUUACUCACGCCGAUAACACUGAUGAUAAACUCGAUCGACGCCGGCCCGUUGCGCAAAUCCGCCGUCCAAUCCGUCCUCGCGCGUCUAGCCGACCAUCCCAUGAUCCAAUUCCUCGUAACAGCAGAUACACCCACGUUCCCGACGCUCUGGAAUUCUAGUCUACUCGACCAGUUCAAGUUCGUCUACCACGACUGCACAACUUUCGCGCCCUAUAGUGCCGAGAUCAACGUCGUCGAUGAGGUACAUGAGCUUCUGGGUCGCAAACGACUCAGGACCGGCGGCAAAGAAGGUAUAGGAUUCGUGCUAAAAUCUCUACCCGAAAACGCGAGGAAUCUGUACCGCUUGCUCCUCUCGGAAAUUCUGUGUAUCUUGACAGACGGGAUCGAUGGGGUCGUGGCAGGCGAAGACGACGAUGACACCUACCAAGCACAAAAAUCAGGUGGCGGUCCAGGGGCAGAUGAAGUCGGCGUCGAGUACCGGGCGUUGUACCAGAAAGCGUCGACGGACUUCAUCUGUUCGAGCAGUAUGAACUUCCAGUUCCUGCUGAAAGAGUUCCACGACCAUCAGUUGAUCACGAGUCGGAGAGAUGCGACAGGUACAGAGAUGCUGAGUGUGCCAUUGGGGAAAGAAGAAAUGGAAGCUGUGCUGGAAGAGCUUUCUCUCUAGUCAAUAAUCAAGAAGUGUUGUUGUGGUUCGAAAACGUUCCAUUGACUUUUGCCUGAUACUUUUGACCGAUCCAUGCGUCUAUUAAUCAUGCAGUGAUUGACGCCGAUGCAUAUGCCGUGUAAGUCUCAUUUCCACUGCGCCGAAUGCUUUUUCUUUUUGCACCUCCGCCUCUGCUCUCAGCGACAUACUUGGUGACACA